AAAAACAACAACCCAAAGCCUACUUUAAAAAGAUUUUUUAAAUUCAAAUAAAUAAUUUAUAUUAAUAUAUCUAUGUCAACUUGAAGGAAACUUGCCAGUUGUGCUUGUGUAUGUGUGUUCAUCUCACACACUCAAACUUAUCAAAGGAUAUUUUAAAAAUUUUUGAUCUUUCACACGUUGGAUUAAAAACCGCCAAAAUUGUGGAGGCACUUAAAAUGAAGACUGAGCUGCGUUCAUGCGCGGCGUGUGGAGAGCCAAUCUCGGAUAGGUUUUUUCUCGAGGUUGGCGGUUGUUCAUGGCAUGCCACCUGCCUAAGGUGUUGCAUUUGUCUGUGUCCUUUGGAUCGACAGCAAUCAUGUUAUAUACGAGAAAGACAAGUCUAUUGCAAAGCAGAUUAUAGCAAAAAUUUUGGCGCUAAAUGCUCCAAAUGCUGUCGUGGUAUUUCCGCCUCCGAUUGGGUGAGACGUGCACGUGAUUUAGUAUUUCAUUUGGCUUGUUUUGCAUGCGAUCAAUGCGGGCGUCAACUUUCCACCGGCGAACAAUUUGCACUCAUGGAUGACAGGGUCUUGUGCAAGGCACAUUAUUUGGAAACUGUUGAAGGUGGCACCACAUCAAGUGACGAUGGCUGUGAUGGUGAUGGUUAUCACAAAAGUAAAACGAAACGCGUGCGCACCACAUUCACGGAGGAGCAACUGCAAGUGCUGCAAGCCAACUUUCAGAUCGACAGUAAUCCGGAUGGUCAGGAUUUGGAGCGGAUAGCAUCGGUGACAGGUCUUAGUAAACGUGUGACGCAAGUCUGGUUUCAGAAUUCGCGUGCACGUCAAAAAAAACAUAUUCAUGCUGGUAAGAAUAAAAUGCGUGAACCCGAAGGAAGCUCAUUUGCCCGCCAUAUUAACCUGCAGUUAACAUACUCAUUUCAGAAUAAUGGACAAAAUCCUAUGCAACUGAAUGGAAAUAAGUCUGGACUAUAUCCAACACAUGAGUCAUCUAUGGAUGAGUUAUCGCAAGACUCCAGUGUGCACUGCAUGCAAAGUGAAGUGUGACUAGAGCACUCCAACCUACACUAGAAUAGCGCUCAUAACUAUUAAAAAGGAGAUUUCCCAAUGAAAAUGAAAACGUCCUAACCUAGUCAAAAUUGCAAAUCAUUUUAAGACAGAAACGUCCAAGGUCACAUGAAGCUCAGCACUUUUGUGUCAAAAUUAUUUGCUCAAUUAUUGGAACGAGAAGAUGAAAGAUGAAAUUUGUUAACAAAAAAAAAAAAACAAAAAACAAGAAAAAUUUACAUUAAAUAAGAUUUUUUUUGGAACAUGAAAUCUUGCGAAAAGAUGUCAGCAGUAUUAAGGACAAAUGUUUCAUGACAAAAUCAUUAAGCGAUAAUGGAAUUAGAUCAAUCAUAUAAAUUCUAAAUGCAAACUUUUUAAAAUUAAUUUAAAAAAAAUAGUUUUUAAAUGCUAAUAACUGUAAAGUGUACAAGAAACUAUAAUCUUAGGCUUAGCAAAUUUAUUAAGACAGAAUCUACACUAGUAAAACGUAAUUUAGUUAAAAGUCCUAGUUUAAGUGUAUCCUCGAUGCUUUAAGCAUCUGUAAAUUUUUACUUAUAUUUUGUAAAA